AUGGAUGUUGAUCAGCAAGCACAGUCUAUACCUUCGAACGCGGCCAGCGAGGACCAAGUUAUGCAAGAGCCCGAGGCACAUUCAGUGUCACAACCCGCGCCAAGUCAAGAACAAGAGUCUGCAUCAGAAUCAAGUUCACUUGUCCCGGCACUAGGAGCAUCGGUGGAGUCGGCACCCCUUCCAGAGAUCGAAAUGAACCUUCCAAAGGACCAGGGACAAAUACAUGAAGACACUCACAACGAUCGAUCUGCACAAGAUAAAGGUCAUUUGCAAGAGCCUGCCAAGCAUAGACAUGGAUCCCAGGAACCGGCUGAACGUAACUAUCCACACCUGCACAGCUUUGUAUACGAGUCCAAGCCUCGAACAAUGGAGCCAGAACACAGUGAUCAGGAACCCGUCAAGAGGCAACGAUGCGAAGAACAGCAGGACCGUACGUCAGAGAGAAGCUUCAGUCAGGGUCAAGAAGGCACUUCUGUACGGGAUAAGAGCCAUGAAUCAGACGUGAAUCGUUCACGAGCGGUCACUCCUCAUGAAGGCCACAACCACCCUCAAAGUACAUCAGACGUAUCAGAACAAAAGAGUUAUCCUCGCUCGCCCAACGGAGACAAGACGCACGCCAACGAAUCGAGCAGCCAGAACACGAUCGACGAGUCAAGCAGCCAGAACAAGGCCAAUGAGGCAAGUAGUGAGAACAUUGCCGACGAGCAGCACCACAACGAACAGCAGGAAUCUAGAUCUAUUCAUGAGGAGGGGCCGUCUGAAUCACUAUCGGAACGAUCUAGUGAGGAACCAUCUAUCAUAAAAGAAGAGGGCGAUGAAGCAUCAUCUUUGAGCGACGAGCCGCGCCAAGCUGCCGAGAAUACUAGUCAGACACACAGUUCAGCCUCAUUAUCGCCACAACCACAGACCACGGAUGAAGUGCAGGCUGUAUCAGACGAAGGCGGUGCUGGCGGAAAAGUAUUAAAAACGAAGCGAGUCCAUGUCAAGCGCGUUCCCAAGGUCUACCCACCACGAAAGCCAAGAUCACGCCCAGUGGCCGUGGAACCACUAACCAUGACGAUUCGGUCGGACUCAGCUCUCUCCACGCUCGCCAGUGCUGCAGUUGCGAUCAAAAACCACGAGGGACCACUUUCUGCAUUGUCAGUGCGAGCACUCUCUCCGUCAACACAGGACGCGGAAUCACCCAGCCCCGACCCGGGCCCUUCGCCACCACCAGUCGACGGUUCUGCGCCCAAGGCAGACCCGAAAUCUGUCCCUGGUCGAACAGGACGACCGCCGUCCAAACCUUCUGCGCCUUUCGACUCUGCAGGUUACCGAUGCGAUCUCUGCCCAGGGGAGCGGUUUGGUCGUGUGCACGAUCUCAAACGGCAUCAGACAUCUAAGCACAACGAGAGGACAUGGCCGUGCGAUUUUUGCCAUCGGCCGUUCGUGCGACGCGACGCGUUGCUGAGACAUUACUCCGUCAAGGCUGCACGACGAGACGGCGUCCACCCGACAGAGCAGGAGGAAAACCGCCUGCAGGAGGCCAAGGCACGAGCGAAGCUGCUCUCAUGA